AUGGAUCUAAACGACGAUACCAAAACCAUUAAUUCUACAACGGAUUACAAUAAUAAUGAUAAUGAUAAGAGUGAUAAAAACAAUGAUCUUGGCGACAACAAAUCAGUACUAUCUUCAUCACCAAACGUUUAUGAGGAUGGCUUGGAUUUUUGGGAAACAUUAAGAUCUUUAGCAAAUAAUUCUUCAAGCAAGAAUGAAAAUGAAAAUAGUAUUAAAAACCAAUCACCAGAACAUGAUAAGGAUAAGAAUACUACAAUCAAGUCUUUAUUCAAUUAUAGCACGAAUAAUAAUUCCCAUACAAAAACUGAAAGCAGUCAUCCUUCUCAUAGUAGUGACAAUGAAUACAUUGAUCCAUUAUUACCAUUAAAUCCAAGUUAG